AUGUCUCAUGGGUACAUGUCUCAUGGGUACAUGUCUCAUGGGUACAUGUCUCAUGGGUACAUGUCUCAUGGGUACAUGUCUCAUGGGUACAUGUCUCAUGGGUACAUGUCUCAUGGGUACAUGUCUCAUGGGUACAUGUCUCAUGGGUACAUGUCUCAUGGGUACAUGUCUCAUGGGUACAUGUCUCAUGGGUACAUGUCUCAUGGGUACAUGUCUCAUGGGUACAUGUCUCAUGGGUACAUGUCUCAUGGGUACAUGUCUCAUGGGUACAUGUCUCAUGGGUACAUGUCUCAUGGGUACAUGUCUCAUGGGUACAUGUCUCAUGGGUACAUGUCUCAUGGGUACAUGUCUCAUGGGUACAUGUCUCAUGGGUACAUGUCUCAUGGGUACAUGUCUCAUGGGUACAUGUCUCAUGGGUACAUGUCUCAUGGGCAGGGAUACCUCGGGCCUAUUCUAACCCCUGGACCCGCCGGGGAUCGCAAAUGGUAUUUCUAG